AUGCAUUUAAUGUUACAUAUACAUAGUUUUUCUUCUUUUUCUGGUUAUCAGUAUCAUCUGAGAAAACUUGAAGGUCGCCGUCUAGAUUUUGAUUACAAGAAAAGGCGUAAAGGCAAGAUUGCAGACUCUGAAAUUAAGAAAGCAUUCGAAAAGUUUGAAGAAUCCAAAGACCUGGCUGAGAGAAGCAUGUUUAAUCUCCUAGAGAGAGAUGUACAACGGAUGCAACACCUCUCAGGGCUUUUAGAAGCAGUAAUGGACUACCACCGCCAGUCACAGCAGAUUCUCGAAAAUCUCAGGAGUAGUUUGCAGAGCAGGAUAACAGACGCAAGCAAUCAACCCAAAAGGGAAUUUGCAUCUAAAUCAGUUGUGAGCACAGUGUGCUACACGGAUAUUUAUGGAUUUUCCACAUGCUCAUCAGAUACUGAGGUUACUGAAGCUUUGAGUGAAAAAUAUGCACCAGUUGUGGUUCACCCUCCUGACAAAGUCACCAUUAAAGCUCAAACAACAGACAAGCCAACCAGCAACAAUGAUAGCGGCCCCCCCUUGGACCAGCCUUGCUGUCAGGCACUUUACAGUUUCCAGCCAGAAAACCAGGGAGAGCUAGGCUUUAAGGAGGGGGACAUCAUCAUUCUGACCAGCCAGAUCGAUGAGAACUGGUGUGAGGGUAUGAUCAGAGGGGAGGCUGGCUUAUUUCCCAUGAAUUACGUCAAAGUCCUUAUACCUCUGCCACAGUGACGGCGGGAAGGCCCUGCAGCUGGACAGCAUGAACUGUGCCAGUUUUUGGAGAUUCAGAAACUUUGAUAAUUUGAUAAAUGUUAAUAUGUGAAGCACUUCUGAGCCCUUGCUGUAUAUUUAUCUAUAUUAUCACUAUGCAAAAUCAUGUAGCCUGCCUUGUAUUCCUUAUCUGAUUAUUUUUUAUGAAUCUUAUAAUGUUAAAUAAAUA